AUGGAUCUCCUCGACAGAGCUCAAGUACUCCUUGACUGUGACAUUUGUAAAGAAGAUUCCACACAGAGUCAUUGUGAACUUUGUCAGCUUAACCUUUGUAAGGCCUGUGUAGGGGAGCAUCUCUCUGAUUCAUCCAAAAGACACAAUGUUGUGCCGUACAAACACAGAAAUGUUGCAACCAACUUGCCAUGUCAAAAACAUAGCCAUAAAAACUGUGAAGUUUAUUGUGAGAAAUGUGAUUUUAAUGUCUGUUCCAUCUGUCUCUCCUCUGGUGAACAUAAAGGUCAUGAUUUGACAGAUGCAUUAGAUAAACUAAUCUCAAAAACAACGGAUUUAAAGAAAAGGUUAGCGGAACUAGAGAAAACAAUUUACCCUGCAUAUGAAAGAAUUAAAUUAGAUCUCAACAAUGAAAAGGAAACCUUAGAAAAACAUUAUAAGGAACUGCACUCAACUGUCAUCAAACAAGAAGAAGACUGGCAUAGAAAAAUUAACAUCAUUGUCAACAAACGGAAAUCUGAAAUUGAUGAAAUGAAAAACUAA